UCGUAUGACAAACACACGAAUGAAAUAGCACACUUGUAGUCAAUUUUGUAAAAUUAAAAUGAUGUACUGGUAUGACUGACCUCUUUCAACCCAGUGAUCUUUACUUGGAAGCGUGGUACUGUAAUUUUCUACAAGAAAUCGGAAAUCCUCCGGCCAGAAGAAGAAUUUUAUAAAGAGCAAUGUGGAGCAAUGUCGAUACAAACAAAAGGGCUGGAAUUGAACAAAUGCAUUUUCUCUCGUUUAUGGUACACAUCUCUAAAUAUUUUCUAUAUAAACAAUGAUAGCAAUUUUUUGAAUGAAUUCCAUCACAACUGCUGUGUCGACUUAACAGAACUGGAAACUGUAAUUGAAAGUUUGAUACAUUCCCCGAAUGAAGAGCAAUAUCAAUGGAUUGCUUAUAUAUUACUGUGGAAACUUAUAGAUAACAAGUCAACUAAUGUUGACUGUAAUAUACAGUCCAAUAUUCAGACACAAUUUGAUUGCAUACAAAUAAAAAAUGCAAUAGAGCUAUGCAGUAAUGUACCAAACUGUUUACGUAAGGAAUUGUUACUAUUUCUUCAAGAACUAAGCACACGAUGUAGCAUAAAAUAUACUUCGAGUAUUAUGUUCCAACAAAUUCUUAUAUUCGUAAAAGAUAACAUAUGUAUCAGUACUGAAAUUGUGUGUUGGAUUAUAAACAAAUUAAUAUCUUUUGUUCCGAGCGAUACUGCUAGAGAUUUACAAGAUAGUUAUUUUUCUACUUUGAAGUCAUACUUAGAACACAUUCCACCCAGAAAAAAGUGGCACUUAAAUCAUAUAGUAACUCAUUCUUCUGAAACUGAUUUAGCUACUCGCGAUAAGUCUCUACAAAUGGUUCUACGUUUUUUGUCAAAAAUAGAUAUAAAUGCAGGUUCGCAGAUCGAAUUUCUAAAAAUAGUUUGUCCUACGCUUUCAAAAUCAUAUAUUAAAAAUAUUAAACUUGCCUUAUAUUCAAAGAAAAAUGAUAAAUUGUUAAGUGAAUGGCUCUUACUUUGGAAUAAAACACUCAUGUGUUUUGAAAGCACUACUACUUUACUCACAGCAUAUAAAAUAUGUGAAAGUGUAUUUGAAUUAACAGAGAACUCUGAAAUUCUUUUGUGCAAACAAGAAUUACUUAAAAGAACAAGUGCAAGAAAAUUACAUUGGUUGAACGAUAUUUUGGAUAUAUGUUAUAUCUUGACUAUGAAAGGAAGAUAUAGUGAAGUUGAAUUAUUGUUAUCGUGUAACUUAUUAAAAAGAUUAUAUCCAGUCUUAUUAUUUAAAGUAUUAAAUGAUUGUCCACAGGAAAUAAUCAAUACUCGCGAAAGCUAUGACAAUGGUAUUUCUAUCUGUGAGUGCAUCAACUUCUUCUUAGAGAAGUGUUACCCCAAUCUAUACAAUGAUAAUUAUUUAAACAAAUUGUAUGCGCUCUUAAAAAAUCAUAUUAGAAUUGUGGUAUACAUUUUACAGUGGAAGAAACAACAUUUUAUAGAAUUAAGUGCCAAAGAAUCAAAAAAUUCGCAAUCUAAUAUGAUUGAGCAGAUAGUAUCUGUAAAACAAAUUUUAUCUCUUUUGCAAAAACACAAUAUACUUUUUGUCUUGAAACUAAUAACAAAUAUACAUGAUCAAGAUUAUAGUGACAUUCAAGAUUUAGUGAAGGAGGUGUCUUUGAAUCAAUCUAUGAGUUUUCAAGCAUAUUGUUGCAUAAUAAGCGUCUUAAAAGCCAUUUUUUUAUGUGAAUUUUAUAACGUGGAACAUAAACAAAUUACUAAAUACUUCUCUGACAUGAUGUCAUACUUAUCUUCUUUGUUUCCUCUCUCAUUAAGAAUAGAGACAAUGGAGAAUAUAUUUUCCUUAUUAUUUUUACGUUAUGAAGAUUUCAAUGUUAUAAAUGCUAGUUCCAAAGAUGAUUGCAAUAUUCGUAAAUCAAUAGACUAUGAGAAGUCUGGCUUCAUAGCUAAUAAAUAUGCUGUAAGAGACAUGCUAUACUAUUUAUGGAAGAGUACUUUGAUUACAACAGAAGAAAUUGAUAAAUUACAAGUACUUGGAUCGCAUAAAGAAAUGCAACAACUUCGCGAAAAUGUAUCCACCUUUACAUCAACAUUGAUAGAUACUCGUUGGAGAUUGAAAUUUCAUAUGGGACUUUAUUUUUUUAAAAAUGUUGGUACGCCACAAGAUGAGUCUGAUAAUCCUUCUGGUGUAAAUAAAUUAGAAUCUGUAAUCUCUCAAACAUCGAGUUUUCCACAUCGCAUCACAGGGGACACAUUUUUUUAUAAAGGAGAUAGUACCUCCGAUGAAAUUAAAGUUAAAUCUGACAGUAGUUCAGAGUCUGGCUUAUUAAGCAGAAAUAAACGCAGAAAAUGUUCACGAAUUACUGCAGAAAAGACGGAUCAUUUGACAACGAAAGAUAAACUGUCCUUAAUAAAUUUAAUGUUAGCCUCGAAAGAAAGUUUGAUUGUCCAUUGUUUAUGGAAAGGCAAUUUUCAGAAAGCGCAAGAGGUAGUUGAGAUGUUCCAUAUGGAAAACACACAAUUGGAUGGUGAGAUUCGAUUUUCAGAAGCACUACACACGUUUAAGCAGAAUCUAUAUAAACACAUUCGUACUUUAGACACAAUAGAUUCCUUUAAAGAAAGCUCAAAAACUUCUACAUUAGAGAAUAUAAAAUUUGCUGCACAGGAAGGUGUACAGUCCUCUAAGUAUAUCAACCAACUUGAAACAUUUUUCGCAUCUCAACAAGUACAUUUACUAAUAUUAGAUACAAGUAUUUUACGUAGCAACGAAAUAUUAACUCUUAGCGUGCUGGAUCUAAGUUUGACUAUGGGCCAAACAUAUCAGAUCUCGAGUAAUCUAUGUGAUGUAGCAAUGAAGUAUUUAAAACUCUGUGAAACGUUUGACAGCACAGGGCAUGCGAGUUUCUUUUCAAAAAUUUAUCAAUUGUUUUACGAAAAUAGAAAUAAUGUGUCUGUGAACGUUAUACUGUGUGACGCCAGAAUUCCGUUAUGUAUAAAGGAAUGGAGAGAAAACGAUGCCAUUUGGAACGAAUUUGAGAAUAAUUAUCAUAUGCUGUACGACUUCAAAAGAAUAGAUAUUAUGGAGACGCAAUCUUGCAGCAAUAACUAUAUUUUAGGAUUAAAAACAAUAGAAAAAAUAUCUGAUAUUUUUGAUAGCGAGAAAUAUCUUUACAACAUCUACUUGUAUCUACAGCUUAUAUCUACUAUCAUCCCAGAUGAUACUAAUAUACAAAGAAUAUCCGAUUUAUUGAAAACUCCAUUACAUCAUUAUUUUGGGUAUCAGAUAUUCGACUUGAAUACGGAGCCAGAUAAGCUCGAAAAGGUCGCUUCUAAUUUACAAGUGAACUUAAUAUACAGUAUCCUUGUAAACGCAUAUCCGAAUGUUUCUUGUUAUGAUAAAAAAAAGUGCAGUAGUAUCAAAGAUUCUGAAUACAUUAUACUGAAUAAAAAUCAAGAAGAAUUGGGUGUAAAAAAUGUAAUAAAAAGACCGAAUCAAUAUAUUUCGGAAAUAUUGACAGAGCUGCUACAGAUUUUGUGCAACGUAAGUUCAGGACGAUCUCAUCUGGAUAAUUCGUACUUGGGAAGUAUUUCUGAUCAUAUAGAUAUACGAAUGAUUCUAAACAAAACAUCGAAUCUUGCCAGUCUCGAUCUGGGCGAAUUAUCUGUAGGAGACGAAACAUUGACAUUUUUUUUGAAUGUUUGGAACGUUAUGUUCCUUCAUGCGAGUUUAGAUGUAUGGUCCAACGAUCCGCCUCUCGAAAGUUUGAGGCAUACGAUUUCAUUGACGUCAAUCGGUUAUAUAAUUGGUGAUUUGGGCCUAGUGACACUCGCUGCUCUUCGAUCGAAAUUACUGGGUAAGCUCGCGAAUGAUAUUAAAUUCUUCACGCGAGUAGAAGAGCUCAACGAAUUGGCAUGGCAAGAUUUAGAUCUUGUGCAAAAUCCAAGGAUUAUCUUCGCCAUGGCUAAUGAGUUUUACGGCACGCCUGAGAUUCGUGUGUAUGAAGCGCAGACGUUAAACGAUGCAUUAAAUGAAGCGACUAGUGAUUAUAUCGCGUAUUAUUCAUUGGUGUCAUCUGAUGAGUCUAUAAAUGGACCAAAACAAAAAAUCAGCUUACUCAAUCUUGUGAGGCAGUAUCAAAACACAUUUUCACGAGAUACUGAUGGUGAGACAAACGCUAACAGAAGUUUACCUUCAAUAGCUGAUUUCGAAAAAUUAAACGAAGAUAUAAAUCUGGAAUACAUGACGUCUAAUUAUACAUACGAAGUGAUACUAAAAUAUUCCAAAUGUAAUAUAUCUAAUGUCACAACCAUAAAUCUUAUACAGACAUCACUUUGGCAGACUCGUAUACUAAGAACUAGUUUAUUGCAAUAUCUGGAAAGACAUUGUUGGCUCGUCUCUUAUCUUGUACAGAGAAUGCAUAACGAAAAUCCGACUAUUUUAGAGAACAAUUAUGAUAAUAUAAAACGUAUAGUGUGUCUUGAGAAUCUUGUGAAUUCUCCGUGGAUGAACAAGCUAAAACUUUUAUUUAACAAUAACCAAAUUCUUGCCGCUAUUCAUGAUAGCGUACCUGAGCACGAGUUAUGGCAUUAUUUUGAACUUAGAAAAGAUCACAAUUGGCAGGAUUCUUUGGAGAUGUUAAACGCUCUAGCUGACAUCAUUAUAAAAUACAGUGUAGAGUUACAGCGCUUCAAGGAUUUGAUUUUAAGUCACAUGCUCUCCAAUUUAGGUGUACUAUCUGUCACAAGUAUGCUGCAGUAUCUGUAUCAAAUCAAAGAUAUACAUAUAUUGACGCAAACGAUAUUACACAAUGUUAACAAGUGGCCUAUGAUUUUAUGUGAGCACGCAUUAUGUCACGCAUUGCAGCACGAGCACAAUCACAAAUUGCCAGUGCACUGCAAACAUCGGAUGAAUGAUAUCUUGUGCAGAAUAACGAUCUUCCAUAAAAUGAUUCCGUACUGUAUGAAUAAGUCAGACAUUACGUGGUAUGAUAUUGUAUAUUGUACGGAGAAGAUCGAUCCAUUUAAAAUUAUUAAGUCCCUAAUCGACGCAGAUCAGUUCGAGUUAUGUUUGGAGUGGCUGGAAUGUCAAGCCUUUUCUUUGGAGAUGCAAACCCCUAUGAGCCAAGACUUUUUAAUAGGUCUUUUAAAAAAUGAACAGCAAGAUUUCAAGCAAGCUUUAAAGUUUCUUCAAGCGUUACCGUUGAGUCAACCAAUGAAAAUAUGUAAAGGGGUGCUUAAAAAAUUAGAAUCUAUCAGCGCAUUACAAUUUAUCACUAACUAUUUGUUAGACUACUGCAAAAUAGCAGAGCGACCGAAGUAUCGGAAAACUUUGAUAGGACUACAAAUUCUAAAGCUGUUGGAAGAUAAAGACAGAUCGUUAUAUAUCCAUUUGAUAAAAGAACCAUUAUUGAUGUUGGAACAAUUAUUAAUGAAUUGUAAAUUUGAAAAUAUUCAAAACAUUUUGAACUCGCUGCAAGAGAAUUUACAACAUCCCGAUAUAGGCAUCAGCAAUUUUUAUGAAGUUAUAAAAUUUUACGCCAAAAAGUCGUUAGAUUUUCGUGUAUCGUUUCGGCGUGACGGUACAAAAAAUAAAACCAAAAAUAUGUCACAACCUAAUCUUGAGGCAGAAAAUAAUGAAUUUGUUAUGCCUGUCAAUGUACCUACUAAGGAGGAAUGGGUCCCGAAUGAUAGGGCUAAAGAGUGCAAUUGCUGCAAGGCUGUGAUAUUUUCAAUGUUUAACAGACGACAUCACUGUCGACGAUGUGGCCGUGUUAUUUGUGCUAUGUGUUCUCGGCAUCGUAUGCAAGUUGCUGGUUAUCCCAGUUCCGUGUUGGUACGCGUAUGCGAUGAUUGCAAACAUCAAACGAUAUUACAGAUGCGUGCGGCGCAAGGUGUUCCAUCGACAUCCAGUAGUGAGCUGUUUGAUUAUUGGCGAUUGACAAAAGACGAAAAGCACAAUUGCACCAUAAGAGAAGAGUUCUCAUUUGAAUAUGCGCCAAAUAUUUCGCUGUGUCUUGCUAUUCUUAACUUAUAUUGCGAUUCUAAAAUAUAUACCAGUUUCUUAUUAGACCGUUGCGAUGAGAUGAAACGAUUACUCCAACCCGUUAGUGGAGACAAGAUAAAUCCCGAAAUCGAUCAUGCGGUAAUCAUCAAGAUGAUCCGUUCUCUGCUAACCGCGGCUAAAAUGAAAUGCGCAAAAUUUGGAUUUAAUACUGGCCUCGCGCACUGCGAUCGAUUCUUAUCGCAGGUGGAUCUAAUUGCAACUCUAGUCCAAUCCGAUUGUGUGACUCUUAUACCGAUGGACGACCUCGACGAGCACACGCUGAGGAAAUUGCGUGAUCUCCUCACUGAGAAGGAGCGUUGGACGUUGGCGUUGGACGUCAGCACGAAAGCAGGAUUGGAUACACAGGGCGUGUGGGCCGCAUGGGGAAAAGCUUGCUUGAAGGUGGGACAUUUAGAACAGGCGAAAGAGAAGUUUCAACAUUGCCUUGAUAAAAUUACAUACGAGGAUCUUGACGAUUGGGUCAUGCUGUUUUAUCCCAAGGAACCAAUCGAAAGUCCCAAGAAAGAAUUAACGGUAAAGAUGAUGCAGUCCGCGCAGAAGGGGAACGAAAUAUCGGAUGAGGAAAAACAAGCGUGCAAAACUGGUCACUUAAGAAGAAACGAAUAUUUUAAAUGUCGGCCGUUAAAAGAUCCACCGUUGCUAACGGAGAUUCUUCAAAUAUUAGAUACCUUAAGCAUUCAUCGAUCCCGAACACAGCAUCCAAGUCUGCAAUCCAAGUCUGAUACGGCGCAAGAAAUCCUACAAACGCUCAAUAGUCUGAAAGCUGUUAGCCAAAAUCAAUUUAACGUUAAAUAUGUAAUACCCGCCAAUCAAACGGUUUAUUAUCAAGAAAGUUUGUAUUAUCUAUUGGCAUACGGAAGUUACACCUCUAUUUUACAAUUUUUCUUGAGACAUAAAGAGUUUGAUAAGUGCCUUGUAUAUAUCUUAGAUAAUAACAUAGAACGUGAUCUAUUUCUUAACGGAGUUUAUUUGUACUGUUUAAAGAACGGCCACAUCGAGAAACUUCACAAUGCGAUGAGGGCGAAAGAUCCUACUUUAGUUACUUGGCGGAAAUAUUUAAUAUUCGUCUGUCAUUUCAUGGAAAGAAAACAAUAUUGGCAUAUUUUAUAUCAGAUACAACUCUUUAUGAGAGACUAUGUACGAGCGUCGAUGACAUGCAUUCGUUUUUAUACCAAUGAAGCGAACACUUAUUCAGACUUGCACAAUAGAGCGCAUCUGUUACAAGACGCUCAAAAGCACUUGGAGUUGGAAUUGCAGACGGAGAGCUUGACUAAAAGAAAAAAAAACAUAAACUCUGAUCACAGCGGCCAAAAUACUUUAGUGAUGGAACCCUCGGAGAUAGACAGACAUAUAAACACUAUAUGCAGACAGACGGAAAUCGUCAAGUUUCUAGCAAACUGUGAAAAAGAGGAAAGACCUUCAACUGCAUUUUUUAAUCUCUUUCCAGAUAUUGACAGCGAUAAUUUUCAGACACUUCAGUUACCUACAUUAUUUGGCAACCAACAACAGAAGAUACAUCUAGCCGUUUUAGCUAUAUUGUGCGGCCGCGAUAUUGAAGAAGGAUUUGGCAUAGCUUUCAGGAUAAUGCAAGAUUAUAAUCUUCCACAACAGAAGAUGUAUUCUUUAGCUGGCCAUGUGUUAGCUUUAAAAAAUAAUGUAGCUGCAAUCGAGCAGUUGAUCAAGUGUUGCCGUAGCUCUGGAGCACCUAAUGCUCACAUUAUUUCGGAUCAUGUUUUGGCACACUGUGUGAAAUUAUUGUUGACUCAUUCGUACACUGAACAGAUUCCAACACUCAAGAAUCAUAUAGAUAUUUUAAUCAGACUGAUAAUCGACACAGAACUGAGAAUAAAUGCGUACAUUGAAAAUAAACAACUGAAAGCUGCAUACCUGCUUGCAGUGAAAUAUUCUAGAGCACAAGAUAUAAGGAGGAUUUUAAAAGAAUCAGAUAGACUUGGUCAAAGUGCAAUUAAAGCAAUAUGCUUAAAAUGGCUACAACAAAAACCGAAAAAAUAAAAUUCGCAUCUAUUCCGACAAAAAAAUUAAA